UCAUACAAAUUUUAAAACCAAAAUCACGCAAGUUUAACGUUACUAUUAAAAAUGAAGACCAACAAUCUUUAAGUAUUUUUAUACUUUAAGAAUGAAUUUCCGUAUUCUUUCAAUUCUGAUUUGGAACCACUUUAACUUGAUAUUGUAUUCAAGAGAAACUUGGGCAGAGUUUAGCCAAACGUGCCCUGGUAUGUAUUGGACAAAAUUUAUUGAUGCUCAAACAAAUUUUAGCUGCAAUAAUAAAGACAUAAAAAAUACUGUAUGGAGUGGUUGGUCUUUUUGCAAUACAACAUGCGGGAAUGAGGUUAUUUAUAGAACACAGUUGUAUUUAAAUGAAAGUGUUAGUUAUUGCGGAGACUCGUUGUAUAUGUUUCAUGUAAUGGCAGAGCAAGCUUCUAAUUUGAUAUCAGCGUUAAAUGUUUUGUAUGAUCAGUUUGAGGUUGCAUUUGAUUUCUAUAUUGGAAAAACUAACUUUGAUGAAGGAAAUGUUUUUCAGUUAUCAAAUAAUUCUUCUGGAGAGGUAUACUUUUUUUUCCAGUUAUUUGGAAAACCUUCUGAAGAAAUUUACGAUGGCUAUUUUGCUAGUAAAUUUUCAGGAACAAAAAUUAUAAUUUCAAGUUUUAAAUUAACUGCAAAUACAUGGAGUGCAGUCAAAAUUUCACAACACUACUUUAAUGGUUAUUAUUAUCAUAACAUAACUCUCAAUGAUACCGUUGUAUUUUCUGAUAAUAAAGUUCAGCCAAACGUGCUAUAUAAUGUUGACAUUUAUGCUUGCUAUGGUUUUUGCCAACCAAGUUUAAUUAUGAACCUGAUUAUUACCAGUAAAACGCAAGUUUAUUGGUUACCAUGGAGCGGUUGGUCGAAAUGUACUACAUCAAAUGUGUUAAAUAGGACUCGUAGUUGCAAUUCUAAUCAUUGGUUAAACUGCUCUGGAAACAGCAUUGAUAUCCAAACCUGCAAAUUGUGGAAGGUGUCUAAUACAGUCACAAUAAAUAGAAAUCUUGUGUAUUUAAGUCUUCAAAUUAGUCCAAAUUUUCAAAUACCAUCAAAUGUUAGUGUGGAUUUUGAGUAUUUGUUAUCACCACUUUUUAGUUUUGAAUCUAACAAUGUUAUUCAGGGUUUUGCUAAAACUGAUGCAAAUCGACUAAAGUAUACACUAUGGGCGUGGAAUUUAUUGGGAUGCUGAUAACUCUCAUAUUUAUGUGUGCAUGAACCAACAUGUCCCUAGCGAUGUUAAUGCGUGCUAUUACUCUGACAAUAACGGAGAUUCAUGGGAUAACAUAGAUGUCCGAAUUGGCUCAAUUAUCGGGCACCAUUUGAUAACAAAAGAAUUAUAUGGUACUCAUCGGAAUCGCAAAGUGUAUAUGUUGUUUAAUAAAGUACACAGGAAAUGGUUAGCUAUACCAAAUCAACAGUUUAAAGAAACUUCAUCAAGCAAUUUUAAUACCAGUGUGCGUAAAAAUUUAGAAGGAGAUUAUAAUCAAAUCGCAUAUCUUGGACCCUAUCAAUGGUUAGGAAAUGCAGAAGGUUUAUUUUUGCGCAAGCAAGCCAACGAAUCGUGGAUAAAAAGAGUGAAUUGGCGUGUCUAUUAUAAUUAGUAUUUAUAAAGCUUAAUUUAAUGUUUAAGUUGUAUGGAAGUAAACGUUAAAGUUUUAUUAGGUCGGAUGAAUAAAAAUUAGCAAUUGCCUUUACUCACCGUUUUUGGAGUAAAUGCUCAGCUUUACGUCAAUAAAAGUUUGAGCGAUUUUAUUCAUUAAUUUACGUAAAACACUGAACAGGAUGAACAUUUACUCCAAAAUACAUUGAACGCUUAAAAAAAGAAUGUUUACUAGUAAAAGUGAUUUCAUUUUUUUUAUUCACCUGGGCGAGUGGGUGUACGUUGUCCGGGGGACGUCUUAUGGACUUUUGGACGUCCGCGAGAUAUAUAACGGACGUCCUCGGGACGACGUUUUCCGACAGCCUUUUAUGUUUAUUAUUCGUUUACUUAAUAAUCAAAAACUUUUUUUCUAUGAUUUUUUUUAACAUAAAUUUGUUAAUAAUGUAAAAUAUAUUUAAACAGUGGUAAUAUAUGGUGUAAAUUUUACCUGAGCAAUUUUUAAUUACUUGUAUGCAUUCUU